AUGUACAGAUCCUAUACACAAAUUUGGUCUCGCUGUAAUCACCAACGACGUCUAGUAUCCCGAACGACCGCCACAAUUGCAACGCUAGUCAGCGUUGGUAGUUCGGCUUAUUACUUCUCGGGCAAGGCAAACAUACACCUAGAUGCUGAGGAAGAGCCACAGCGGUUUGUAGCGGCAACUCAAGUUACCGCCCCCUUAGGCUUACAAGGAGCAGAGCUAAAACUGCGUCAAUGGGAGUUCUCGGCGCGAUACGAUGAGGACUCUCCAGAGAUCUCCCGGUGGGAUUUCACGGCUCUUCCAAGCGACGAUAAUCCCGAAGAGUACGCCGCCUUCAAACUAUUCCACUCGUGUAGAGGCAUCUGGUCGUGGUUCGGCGUCUACGAUGGUCACAUCGGGCCUGAAACCAGCUACUGGCUCAGCUGCAACCUCAUACAGGCUGUAGCGGAGUAUAUAGGUCCCCUCUAUGUACUUGUCAACGGCAAGUGUCCCAAUGAGCCGUCCGCCGUCCAGAUUGAAACGGCGUUCAAGGACGGUUUCGAGGUCGUGGACAGGUAUCUGGUCCACGACACGGCCGAGGAAGCCCUUGGAAUACCCGUCCGCGACGAAGGCGUCGAAGCGCUUACGAAAGCGUACUCUGGCUCGUGCGCCACGGUAGCAUCGUACAACGCCGCGACCCACCUGCUCCACAUCGGACAUGUGGGCAAUUCACGCACUGUCCUCGGGCGCCGCAUUGCGCGUCCUGACGGUCGCGGCUACGCGUACGAGGUACGCGAGCUCACCGCCGAUCACACCAGGCGGAGUCCUAUCGACGAACCCCGUCGUCCCGCACAGCAUCCUGGAGGGCAGGAUGCGCGAGAUGGUCAGACAAUGGAGCUGAACGUGUCUCGCGCAUUUGGCUUUGGAAAGCAUAAAUGGUCCCCGGACAUGCAGAAGCGCCUUGCGGAUAAGCGGCUUUUAAGCCCGCAUCCAGACGAGCUAAAGACAUCACACAAUCCCUCCCUUACUGCUGAUCCGGACGUCUCUACGACCAAAACUGAACCCGGGGAUUUCCUCAUCGUUGCGAGCGCGGGCUUUUGGAGCUGGCUCACGGGCGCAGAAGCGGUCGGACUCGUAGGGUGGUGGCUCGAAUCGAGAGGAUUCGACCCCAAGGGCUCUUUCCGCAAUACCAGACGGCAGCCUCUUUCCCCUAAAGAUUUGCCUGCGAUAAGCCAUAGCAGCCCUGGUGCUCCACGCUUUAGACUUCCGCAAGUGGAGCCUCGAUUCGUUCACAUGGACGAAAAUGCUGCCACGCAUCUUCUCAGGAAUGCGUUGGGUGGUGCGAACAGGCAGCAACUGACCACCAUGCUAAACGCCGAGCUGGAAGAAGAGAUCGCACCACAAAGGCAUGUGUCGCGAUCCUCUGUUCUCUGA